AUGGAUCGAAUCGUCUGUGGGGUCUGGGACAUCCGUUUGCAACGGCGUCUCCUCGCCAGGCCAAACCUCACGCUGCAGAAAGCAAUUGAGGAGGCCGUGGCAUCGGAAGCUGCCGAACGCUCCGCCCAGGAGAUCCGCAAGGCCAGCAGCCCACGUCUUGCUAGGAAGCCAGCUCCAGUGCAUCACAAAGAGGCCAGCAGUGAUGAGCUGGUGGUGGUCGAAGGUCAGCGGCCAAGCCUCCUAGGGUUAGACUGGUUUGAUGCCCUCGGCCUGGAAGCCACCGGCAUCAACUGCAUCUCUAACGCAGAGACUGAGGAUCUGGUCAAAAACUUUGCUGAGGUUUUUGACGGCACUUUGGGGCAAUAUACAGGUACGCCCAUCUCCUUUAGCCUUGAUCCACAAGUUGCCCCCAUCAAGCUAAAGCCACACCAGGUUCCUUUUGCUCUCAAGGCUAAGGUGGAUGAACAACUGGACAAGCUGAUCGCCCAAGGAGUUUUGGAGCCGGUUGACCACGCCAAGUUGGAAACCCCCACUGUCAUGCCUGUCAAGCCGGACGGGUCGGUGAGAAUCUGCGCCGACUACAAGUGCACGAUCAACAAGGCACUUCAGCAGCACGCUUACCCGGUUCCUGUUGUUCAACACCUGCUGCAUUCCUUGGGUGAGGCCCAGACGAUCGUCACCCACCGAGGGGCAUUCCGUUGCCGCUGUUUGCAGUUCGGGGUGAGUGUGGCUCCUGGCAUCUUCCAAAGCCUUAUGGAGCAUCUCCUGUAAGGGAUUCCGGGCGUGGUAUCAUAUUUUGAUGACAUCUUGGUGUCCGCAGACUCACACCAGCAGCUCUUCGAGCGCCUCCGCGCCAUGCUGACCAGGUUCCAGGAGGCCGGGCUCAAGGUAAAGAGGGAGAAGUGCCAGUCGGACAGUGUGCUGGUACAGUACAGUGAAGCCAGGCCGCUGGUCCUUGCCUGCGAUGCCUCACCUUUUGGCAUAGGCGCUGUCCUCAGUCACUGUUUUCCAGACAGAAGAGAAGCACUGCUCGCCUACUUUUCCAGGACGCUAUCUCCAAUGGAACGGAAUUACAGCCAGCUCGACAAGGAGGCACUGGCACUUGUGGCUGGAGUGAAGAGGUUCCAUGAAUACCUCUACGGCAGGACUUUCGACCUUAUCACCGACCACAAGCUGCUCCUGGGCCUCCUCGCCGGUGAUCGACCAACUCCAGUGGUCCUCUCGCCACGCAUGCUGCGAUGGACUGUUUUCCUGGCUGCCUACCACUACCAGCUCGUCCAUCGCCCAGGGAAAUCGAUGGGCCAUGCCAACGCCCUCAGCCGUUCCCCUCUUCCAGCGUUUGUGGAAGACCCGGCUCCUGCCUCAUCGCUCCUCCUGAUUGAGGAUCUUCUGGCAGCGCCUGUAUUGGCUGCCACUGUGGCCUCCACAUCUGCCCAGGAUCGCACCAUCAGCCUUGUGCUCAACUGGGUGUGGAGGGGGUGGCCACAAGGGCCUUUUGCAUUGGAGUUCCAGCCGUUCGCAACCAGACAACAUGAACUCUCGGCUCAUCGCAGCUGUCUGCUGUGGGGAGACCGCGUCAUGAUUCCACAAAGACUCCGUCAACGCGUCCUUGAGGCUCUGCACGUUGGGCACCCGGGAAUCGUCAAAAUGAAGGCGUUGGCUUGGUGUUACGUCUGGUGGCCUAACAUGGACGAUGCCAUCACUGCCUGGGUUUCCGCCUGUCAAGUGUACCAAGAAUCGAGGCCUGCGCCACCGGCAGCUAAGGGACACACCUGGGAGACGCCCAAGACACCCUGGUCGAGGGUGCACAUCGAUCUGGCCGGCCCCUUUCGCGGCCGGACCUUUAUGGUAGUGGUGGACGCCUAUUCCAAGUGGCUGGAGGUGGCCCUGAUGCCCUCCACCACUACCCAGGCCGUCAUCCGGGUGCUGCGAGGCCUCUUUGCGACGCAUGGGUGUCCUGAUGUCCUUGUCUCUGACAACGGACCACAGUUCACGUCCGGCACGUUUGAGCGGUAUCUUUUGGGACUGGGCAUCCGCCAUGCCCUAACGGCACCAUUUCAUUCAUCCAGCAAUGGGCAAGCAGAGAGAAUGGUGUGCUCGGCAAAAGAGGCACUGGCCCGCCUACGCCGCCUCAGGUCCCCACUCGACUGGCUGCACCCGGACUUUGCCAUGGCUGAACCCCCAGGCUGUGCCCCCUAUGGUCCGAAAGACUCAGAAACAAGUUGGUGGUUUCUACCUCAACAGCCUCCGUCAGUUUGGUGA